GACCCCUCUCUAGCAAUACACACCAAACUGAGUAUAUGCAGAGUGACUCCACACGAUAUGUCUUAUCAGGAGAUAAGAGGGGACACUGGAAGAAGGGGAGGAUCAGAGAUCACAGGAUCAAACAGCCUUUUUACACAACGCAGAUGAUUAACCCCUUAGGUUCCACAGUGAGUAUAACAAUCAUGCUUUACUGCCAGGGGCGGACUGACCAUUUAGAAACUCGGGCACUGCCCGAAGGCCCGGGGUCAGUAGGGGGCCCC